GCCGCCGUUUUUCCGUAGUACUACUCCUACCCACCUUGUUCUGCGGCUCGUUCGUCGAAGAGCUCGCCUUUGCCUUCUUUCCUUUACCAUACCAUCGUCGUUUGCCGGAGAUCGAUCGACUUGCACAACUCCACGAGCACAUCUCGGUCUCCCGCGCUCGAUUCUACUCGGCUACGGUCGCCGUCCUCGCUGUAGUAGAAACUUUUCCCGUAUUUCUGACUCGACUCAACUCAACCGAACUGAAGCCAGCGCAAAUCAGAGCAUCCCAUCCGAGCCGCCUUUUGCCGGUUUACCCCUUUUUUUUUUACUUACUCGUAUACGUUACGAGUACACAGUCUCUCGCAAGUUUUUCGAAUCAGCACGCGGUUUCUCUCCCGCACUCGAAACAUAAUUCACCACGCGUUCGUUGUAUUCGAUUUGUUGUAUAUUGUGCUAGAAGAUAGUUUUGUUGUUUUUCAUUUUUUUUAAAACCAUUUUUCAACUCUUUCGUCUUCGUAUAAUAUUUCGAUUCACAUGAAAAAUACACCCUCCACCGCACCAUCUCGAAGACUUCGCGUUAAUGAUGAUGCUGGACGCUAAACAAAUGAAAAUGGAUACUUCUCCGCCGGUGGACGUUGACCUGACGAGUUUAAAUUGGCUGCAGAAUUUAAACAUAAUGAGCGUACCGUCGUUACCAACGCCGCCAAAUUCACCUCGUAAUAUUGCGCCACCUCCUCAUACCAAUAAAUCCAUCAAGAAAACUUUGCCAAUGCUUCGAUUUCAAUUAUCUCCCUCCGCAGCCGAAGAAUAUAAAAUAAACGGAGAUAAGAAACCUCCUUUUUCGUAUUCCACUCUAAUAUGUAUGGCUAUGAGAGCUAACAAUAAUAAAAUGACACUGAAUGCUAUUUACAAUUGGAUCAAAGACAAUUUUAUGUUUUAUCGAAACGCAGAUCCAAGCUGGCAGAAUUCAAUUCGGCACAAUUUAUCGUUAAAUAAAUGCUUCGUCAAAGUACCACGGUCGAAGGAUGAGCCGGGAAAAGGCGGAUUUUGGAAAUUAGAUUUAGAUCGACUCGAGGAAGGUCAACGAACUAGACGACGUUUAGGCCACCACAACGCAAACAACAAAAGAAACCGAAACCGACGCAAAGUAACCGUCGAACCAGCCAAGUCAUCUCCCGAAGAAAUAUACAAACCUGCGGAUCUGGCUUCUUUUGUCGAUUCAGCACAAAUCGAAAUAAUCGACGACAAGAAUUUCAACAUCAUUGCCGACCUACCAGUCAUCGAACCUGAUCUAAACUCAAUUAGUUCUGAAUUGUCUUCUCCAAUAAAUAACGCGACAUUGUCUCAAAUUAGCAUACCUUUGCCCGAGGAUGAUAUAUCGAAUUACAUAUUAUCCAAUAUCGGCUGGGAUGAUAGUCAGUUCGAUAUUUUAGAUUCGUUAUUGGAAUCUUUAUAAAAAUCUUAUUUGUAUUUAAACCUACCUAUAGGUACCUAACUAUAUACUCGUAAAAAAAACCAGUAAUUCCAUCGAACUGCGAUUGUUUUACUACAAUAUCUGCUCAUAAAACUAGUCGUUAUUGUUACCAUUAGAUUUUUAUGAGAAUAAAACGAUGAAAUUUUUUCUCUCAGAAUACGUAAAAUUCGUAGGUAGCAAAGAAUACAAAAUGAAAAAAAAGGUUGGAAUUCAUGAGCUUCGUAAAUCGUGUGUUAAUUGUGCCUUUAUUUUUGUUUAUUUCUCUAGUCUAAUACGUAACUACAUAUUUACGUAAUGUAUUCCUAUUUAUGUGUAGAUAAGAUAUGUUUUUUUUCUCUUUCUAUGUAUUAUUAUUAAUAAUACUUCUAUGUACUAUAUACAUAAAUCGUCGAGCUUUUAUACCUACGUUUAAUAUUUGAACUUCGAAAACAUAUUGUCCACUGUUUCUAUAUUUUUGAAGAAUGGCGUAUCAUUUCGAUGACGGACUUUUACUUAUACUUAAUAUGAUUUUGUUACUUAUUGUAUAAAAAAUUUUACUAUAUAGAUUGUAGUGAUAAAUGUUGCUAUUUGUACAUGCAACGAAAAACUAUUCCGUCCAUUGUUUUUAUUAUGUACUAUUAAUUUAAUAUUUUGUGAGAAUGCUAGGAUUCGAUGUGUAAGUUUAAUUCGAUGUUCGUCUGAUUUGAAGCGAGAAGAAUUGAAACAAAAGUAAGCAAUUAGGAAAAGCAAUAAAAUAUUGAUGUAAAGUUCGA